AUGGACCCUGAGUGUGAUUACUUGUUUAAGCUGCUGCUGAUCGGGGAUUCUGGUGUGGGCAAGUCUUGCCUGUUGCUGCGCUUCGCGGACGACACCUACACUGACAGUUAUGUCAGUACCAUCGGGGUGGACUUCAAGAUCCACACCAUCCAACUGGAUGGUAAGACUGUGAAGCUGCAGAUCUGGGACACGGCUGGCCAGGAGCGCUUCCGCACCAUCACCUCGAGCUACUACCAUGGGGCCCAUGGCAUUAUUUUGGUGUAUGAUGUCAGUGACGUUGCGUCCUAUGCCAACGUGAAGCAGUGGCUGAUGGAGGUGGAGCGCUUUGGCAGCCAAAGCACCAAAAUGCUGCUGGUGGGCAACAAGAACGACCUUGUUACCAAGAAGGUGGUGGACCACGUCAUUGCCAAGGAGUUUACUGAUUCCCUGGGCAUCCCCUUCCUGGAGACCAGCGCCAAGAACGCCACUAAUGUCGAGCAAGUCUUCCUCACCAUGGCCACCAAGAUCAAGAGACACGUAAGAGCCAUGCCCAUUUCCGAUGAAGAGUUCCUUAACUUCAAGAUUGACAGCUCUCCUGUGAAGCCAGUGUGGGGGAGUUGUUGCUAA